AUGGAUAUGAUUUCCACGAUAGACUUCUGCGAGGCAACCUAUAAGGUUUCCCUUUUCUUUGUUCUCCUCAACCCAGUCUUCUGGAACAUCGUCUCCCGCCUGGAGUACUACACGCAUUUGUUGACGAAAAUAACUAAUAAUCCCAAAGUUGGAUGCUACGUUUUAGCCGUUACGAUAUUCAGCCUUUGUCUGAUCCGAAGCCAUUAUUUCGUCGAAGCCAUGGCCAAGCAGUCGUCUUCGGAAAUACUGAACAACGAUUUUGUUAAAUUAUUCGGGAUAAUACUGAUGAUACUGGGACAAAUUCUGGUCGUGAUGUCGACAUAUCAGUUGGGAAUAAUAGGGACGUAUUGCGGGGACUAUUUCGGAAUUCUGAUGAAGAAGAGGGUGACUGAAUUCCCCUUCAACAUUUGUAAUAAUCCAAUGUACAGAGGUUCGACUAUGUCCUUCUUGGGAUACGCAUUAUUGCAUGCGAAGCCAGCUGGUAUCUUGACGGCGUACUGCGUCCACAUGGUCUACGAGAUUGCGAUAAAGGUAGAAGAGCCAUUCACCAUGAAGAUUUAUAGCAGCCAGAAACAAAACGGCAAACACUGA